AUGGAAGACGAGAAUGAAGUUGGCUUGCCAGCAAAAGGAAUCAGUAUGAUCAUCAAGGAGGUCUUACCGGAUAUGCGUAUUGCGAACGAAUCACGUGAACUGUUCGCGGCUUGUUGUGUUGAGUUUGUGAAGUACGUGGCCAGAGGUGCUCAACAUGUGAGCGGUCACGACCAACGGAAGACCAUCUACCAUGAGCACGUUGCUGCUGAGAAGCGCUUAAAGCGAAAGAACUCUAGAUUAGACAAAUGUGGUAUUCCCGAAGAAGAGCUCUAUCUAAUGCAGCAGCUGUUGAUUCAACAGGCCCGUGAACAGGAUUCGGAUCAGCUGCGUACACAUGUGGGUGCUGCUCAGCCACUGGUUCCGGAACAGCAGUUGUUUGCUACGACAGCUUCUCAGGAUGACGACGAAUAUGAUACUUAG